UUCCGUGCUUAAAGGAAACUGAACUCCUGCUCUCUCUCUCUCUCUCUCUCUCACACACACACUUAUUACAACCUGCUUCAGGGAGCACUGGAAGAUUUCACACAUUAGAACGAGCUUUGUUCCAACAAAACAGGUCUGAGGAGGGGUUGUUUUUUUGGAGGUUUUUUUUUUGAAGAGAUGAAUGAAUAAGAGUCUGGGAAAGUCUGUGAGAGUGAGAGAGAGAGAGAGAGAGAGAGAGAGACAGACAGACAGAGAGAGAGAGAGAGAAAACACUUAAAACAACCCGUGGAAGUGGGAGGUGGGAAAAGAGUUUCCUGUUGUUGGACAAGAUCAGUCGAAAGAGAGAGAGAGAGAGAGAGAGAGAGAGAGAGAGAAAGCAAGCAGCACAGACAGACAGAAAGAACAGACAGAGAGAACGAGAAGAGCAGAAGAUGGGGUUAGCUGUGCUCCUGCUUGCUGCGUUGGCAUUGCCAUGUGUGUCCUGGGCCGAGACUGAAGGAAACAGCAUGGCACUCGCUCAGGAUCAGACUGCUCGGGAUAUUCAGAGUGACUCAGACAGAACGAGACCGAGAGGAGACACACCAGACAUCGAGGAACCCCAGGAGCCCGAGCCGACUGCCGCCGAGUCCGAAUCCGAACCUGAAUCUGACUACGAGAGCAACUACAACUACUUGUUGUCCAGGCUGGCGGCGUUAGACCAGGCCAUCCAUAAACUGAACGUGGGCCACUACACGCUGGACGUGAAGGUGAGCCAGCUGCUGGACAGGCUGUCACGGCUGGAGAGCAAAGUGGAUGAUGUUGAGGACUCCAUCCACGACGCCUGGAACUUCUGCAAGGACAACCGCAAAGAAAUCGGCCGCCUGGAAGGUUGCGUUAAAGGUCGGAAGGUGGGCCAGAAGUGCUUCCUGGUGUACCAUGUGUACGACACGUACAUUGGCGCGUCUCAGAAAUGCCAGGAGCGUGGAGGACGCAUGGCAAUGCCGCGGGACCGGCGUGAACAAGAGGCUCUGGCUGAGUACGUGAAGCAGGCGUUACCUGGCAGUAACUGGCCCGUGUGGCUGGGCAUUAAUGACCUGCGUUCUGAGGGGCUCUACCUGUUUGACGACGGCACACGGGUCACCUAUUUCCAGUGGAGGAAGCACUUCCUGUCCAGCCAGCCAGACGGUGGGAAACAAGAGAACUGCGUUGCCAUGUCCUCCGAUGAUGGAGACUGGUGGGACAACUACUGCGACCGGCGCAUGUACUACUUGUGCGAGUUUGAGGCUUGACCUUUGAUUUGGAAGUGUUCCUGUAAUUCAUGGAACUCAAACUUAAAGGGGUGGUUUGUCUUUUUUUUUUUCAACCUUCUGUUACCUUCCUCCACAAAAAGCCUCCAACCAUGUGAUGAAACGACAUAUUUCUUGCGUGAUGCAGAGUUGAGCAGCUGUUUUCCAGCUGGGGGUGGAGCUAAUUUCAGGGCCAGAAAUAUGUCGACCAAAGCCUGAAAUGAAUGGAGGUUGAAUGGCAAUGUCUGUCUGUCAUCCUUGAAUAUUUCAAAACGAUGUAGAAAUGUUAGUUUCUCUGAUUUUCACCGCUAAAUGCUGAAUACAUGACACACUGUAGCUACCUUCUUCUUUGAUGACAUUAUUAGACAUAAAGACUUCUUUAUCACAUGUGAUGCAGUCUGUAAUAAAGUCCCACCUCCUACUAAGAUGAGAGGAAUUCCA